CGCCAUAAGAGUUCUUUGCUGGGUAUGAGGAUCGCUUCUCCUAAAGGAAAGCUGAAGGAUUCCCAAAAGUAUUUUUCAGAAAUCAGAAGCGAUACAGAACCUCUUUCAAAGCAGAAUAUAUCCAUCAUUCCCAAAGACACUACUUCUGUUCAUACAGCUAAAUUUAUACAGGAAGGCCAAAAUAUGUUCCCACAAGACUCAAGUUAUUAUUCAAUAGCAAAUAAAGAACCAGAUGUGCCAAGAAAUGGUCAGAGGCUUGGUAAAGAUGAUAAUGAUCUCCAUUCUACUCUAGAAAGUUUAACUAGCUCAUUAAUGGAUAAACAUAGUGAAUCAGAUGCAAUAAUGUUAAAAUCCUUUUUAAAAAACAUCUUCAAUAUUUUUUUCAAAUAUAUUCAAUCUGAAAGAAGAGGACAACCAGAAAAAGAAUUAGAAAGACUAAUUCAACCUUUUACAAGUGACACAGAACACCUUGAAAAAAUCCAAGAUAAUUUUGAAAAAGCAGACAAAUUAGACAGAAAACCUAUUUUGAGUCCAAAGCUGCAUGUGUUUCUAGAAGAACUCUCAGAGUCAGAAAUAAAAAAUUUAAAAUCUGAAUUAAGUAAACAAAUCCAGCAUUACCUUGUAGAAAGACUUUCAGAAUCAGGACAUAUCACCAAGGAGGACUUACCAAAAAUCUAUCAAAAUCUCUAUCUGAUGAAUGAGAAAGCAAACUGGAAAGGGCCAAACAUUUUUCAGGGGAAAUAUUCUGAAGCUGUGAAAGAAAUCAUGUCUUUUGUCAACAAUUUCAAUCACCAUUUCAUAGAUAAACAUUUAGAAAUAAAGUUAAGAUCUUUUUUAAAUAAGAUUCUUCAAAACUAUUUCCUGAAAACCAUUUCAGAAAGCAGUUUAUUUAAUGAGACAGAAUCUGAGACUAUAUACCCAAACAUAUCUUCUCUAAGUACUAAAAGUGCCUCAAUAUCUUUUCCCGAACUAGAACAAGAUAUUUCAAAGGGGAGUUUUGGUAGAAGGUUCGAAAUAAAUAUGAAAUAUCCUUUAAGUAAACCUCUACAAAACUAUCUGAUAGCUUUAUCAGAAAAUGAAUUAUUAAAUCUAAAAGCUGAUUUAAGCAAACACCUCCAGAGACUUUUUAUAGAAAAACUUUCAAAAUCAGGACUAAUGCCAAAAAGGCAAUUAGAGGGGAUCAGCCAGCAUAUAAAUUUGCUUAAUUCUAGUUCUACACCAUUAAAAUAUAUAAAGACACAUUUACCUUUUAGAUAUGACAAUCACUUUAUGGAGAAGCAUUCAGAAAAGCAAAAUAAAUAUUCAAGAAUUGUUCAACAAACCUCUUUACAAAUGGUUUCUGAAGAUAAACUUACAGAAAUAGAAUUGAGUGGAGAGAAAGAAAAUAAAUAUUUUCCCUUACAGAAUUUAAAAGAAAAUUCACCUUUAAUUAGGGAAUGGAAAAGUUAUUACCCUAAAGCAGCAGCUAAAACACCAAGUUUAAUAAAAGUACAAGCUUCUUCCAAUAAAAAUAUCCAGGCAAGUCCAUUAAAUAAGUCAUCAGAAAUACUUACAGAUAUAGUACUUAAGAAACUAAGGAAAGAACAUGGUUUCACGCAGCUUCCUCAAGGAGAAAAUUCUGUUCAUAAAACAGAGAUUCAAGACCCAUAUAGUUGGGGUGGUAAAUCAAAAAUAACUCAAUCAAAAGCUUGGUGUGAAAGGACACUGAAAAUGAAGUCCCUUGAUAGAAAGGAGUAUAUAAACAUCUGUAAAUGGACUGUUCAGGAAAAACCUGAAGCAGUAUUAACAUCGUAUCCAAGAAUUCCUAACAGCAGAAUGCCAAGGGAAGAUAACUACUUAAACAGACUCACUGUCCCUUCCUGGCAAACUAGCACCUUAACUCAUUUCAAUUCAGAGACGGGGGAGAAAUUAAAAUUAGAAGACCAGUAUUGUCAGAGAUUGAAAGGAAAUAAUAACAAUAAUAAAAAACACAUAGUAACAUUUGCACAAUACGAAAAAGAAAUACAAACUCUUUAUAUAAAACCAGAUGAAAUUUGCAGUGAAAAAUGUGCCAAGUUCCCUGAAAUACAGCCAUUCCAAUAUAAAGUUGUAGGAGAUGAGAAAAACUCAAAACCAUCCCUCUUCCCAGAAUUAUUUAAGAGAGAAGACCUAAAACCCAACGUCCAAAAAGAAAGAGACUGUGUCGCCAGACCAAAAAAGUCAUUUAACAAGAUAGUCAAGAUAUUACCAACCACACUGCCCGCCACAAGAAUUCAUCUAAAGAAGUCUGUUCCAAGGACACGGCUUCACUGGACUGCAAGAACCGCUAUACAUGAUUGUUCGGAUAAAUUCGAGGAUUUACAUAACAUUACCUCACUUACACAUCUUAAAAAAGUAAAAUCAAGAUCAAGGCUUUCAGGAAAAAGCUCAGAUGAUAUCCACAAUCAUGCAAAAAACUCUGCAAGACCAUAUACUGCUCCAGAGGUUAACAAGCGACGAGAAAGAGAAGGCUACAAUGGAAAGUUUACAAAUCGUCAAAUGGUUUCAUCAGGCUUAGUUAACAUAAAUGAUACAUCAGAUUAUGAAUUGCAUAAAAUGCGGCCAAAAAAAAUCAAAAGAGGAUAUUGAAAAAUGUUCACUCAUUUUUGAUAUUACAAAAUGUGCUUAACUCAGAAUGAUGUGUGAGGCACAGUCAGAAUAUCAUUUCUCCAUUAACAAAAUGGUUUGGAGAUCUCUUCUUUUGUGUGACAGAAGUCAGCAACCAAAUUUCAUCUUGUUAGAACCAUUUUGUUUUGAUUAAAAUGAAAACAAACACA